GUGCUGCUCGCAAUGGGGAAGCCUGGGAUCGGGGAGGAGUUGCGCGGGCAAUUUCAAUUGUGCUUUGGCGGAUUUUCUUUGGUGGGCGCUAGGGUUUUCUCUAAGCACCGUGACUUUAUAUUUGUAAGUGAUUUCAGCCUGCUUGGUGUGAGCAUGUAUAUAACAUAAUAGCCCUGCUGCAGCGCAAUGGACAGACCAAUGAGGAAUAAGAAAGCUGUAGAUUAUUCACAGUUUGGGGAUUUGGAUAAUGACGAUGAGGAUUUUGCUUUCUCCUCUGCGCCUCCAAGCAAAAAGGCUCGGGUGGAGUGUAAAAAAGAGAAAAAGGAAAAGCUAGCUAAGAAGUCUAAUAAAGAAGAAAGUUUAUCACAGCAGACACCCUCAGGAAACAGGCUUUCUCUUGAUGAAAAACUUUACCAGAGAGAUUUAGAAGUGGCUCUGGCCCUUUCAGCACAGAAGACUACAGCGAUUGUGGAAAGCAGAGAGGAAAAUGGAGUAGCAACAUUCAUUGAUGAUGAGACAAGCGAGAGAGCUGACACUUUGUUCUCAAACUGCAGUGUAGACAGCAGUGCUCUGGGCCUGGAUGAAAUCACCAGUGGUAAGGAAGAUCAACUCAGGGGGCAAAAUCGUAGACAAGCUGCAUCCAAAGCCAUCUCUGAGCAGCGCAAGCUUCUGGCAGAUGACAGUGGUGAUGAUGAAGAAGAUGAGUUUAAACCUGAUGUUGCCUAUGAUGAAUCGGAGAGUGACGAGGACUACAGUGGGGAAGAUGAAGAAUUUGAAUUGAAAAACACCAAAAAAUCCAAAGCAAAGGAAAGUAAAGGCUCUAAACAAAAGGCCAAGAGCGAAAAAAAAGAGAAAAGCCUCCCUAAGCCCAAAGUUAAUGCAAAACUUAUAUCCUCUCCUGUGCCCACUAAAGCAAAAUCUCUGCCAGCAAAGAAAACACCAGCACCAUCACCAGCUCCUGUAAAGCAAGCCAUACAUCAUAGUCCUUCAGUGGGGAUGAAGAAACCUACAUGGUCACCACCAGCUCCUGUAGGAAGUGUUAAGCACUCACUGGAAGGAGUCACUGUAAAGUCUCCGAGCCAAGGUCUGCGCCUCGGACUCUCGCGGUUAGCACGCAUCAAGCCUUUGCACCCAGCUAUUGUCAAGCAUUAGUCUGGGCUCCGCAGAAUGAUGGAUGUGUCUCUGAUGCAGGAAUUUUAUAGAUAUUUAUAAAAGUGAAAUUUGAAUGUGAAUUUUACAUUCCAUAUCAUUGGAUUCCCCGUUUUCUGCACGGAAUAUAUUUAUUUCUGGGAUUCUUUCCUCUACAUCACUCCAUAGUCAGAGGAUUUUAUACACAAGGACCUUAUAAGCCGAGUCUAUAUUCUCUUCAAUUUCUUUUCAGCUGCAUGUGUAUGCUUCUUCAUGAAAAGAGACUGUUUUUUCUAUACUGUUUUUAUAAAUGUAUUUUAUAUGUCCUGUCUUCAACACUAGAAAUUGUCUUUUUCAGUUCAACCCCUGGAGGUCCAACCUUUGGUCAGGAUCCCCCCUUUAACUCUGCAAGGUUACAGACAUUAGUGCAGGGAUCCCCAACAUUUUAUACACGUGAGCCACAUUCAAAUGGAAAAAGUGUUGGGGAGCAACACAAGCAUGGGAAAAGUUUCUGGGGGUGCAAAUAAGAGCUAUAAUUGGCUAUUUGGUAGCCCCUAUGUGGACUGUUUGGCAUUAUACUUAGUUUUUAUGCAACCAAAUCUUGCCUCCUUACCAGGUAUUCAAAAAUGGGCACCUGUUUUUCAGGCCAAUGAGCAACAUCCAAUGGGUUGGUGAGCAACAUGUUGCUCACAAACCACUGGUUGGGGAUCACUGCAUUAGUGUAUUUGCCAUAGUUUUUAGAAUAUAUAGGCAGCAAAUAGGGUGAGAUUUGGAGUUAAACCCUAAGUCACUUUCAAGCUGGGCUUUUGGGUUAUAUAGGAGAGAAAAUGUCCAUUCCCCCCAGAUCUCACCCUAAGUUUGGGAACCACUGAUUUACACAAGUCGUGAUUAUAAGGCUCACAAAUUCCUCUGUUCCAACUUCCAUUUAUCUACCAUGGAACAAAAGCACACUUGGCCAUCUCCUACACCCCACACACCAUACAGAUUGUGAAAUGAUCAUUAAUAUAAUAUAUGUAUUAUAGUUAGCACAAGCUUUUAAUAAACAAUUUUAAUUAUA